GCCGCCGCAAGGGAUUGUCGGAAAGAGGCCUCUUCCUUUCCGGUGCUGGGCGCCAUCAGCAGGUAGACAAACAUGGGUGCCUACAAGUACAUCCAGGAGUUAUGGAGGAAAAAGCAGUCGGAUGUGAUGCGGUUCCUCCUGCGGGUCCGCUGCUGGCAGUACCGCCAGCUCUCUGCCUUGCACCGAGCUCCUCGGCCCACCAGACCAGACAAAGCUCGCAGGCUGGGAUAUAAGGCCAAGCAAGGUUACGUUAUCUACCGUGUCCGUGUUCGCCGAGGUGGUCGUAAGCGCCCCGUCCCGAAAGGUGCAACCUAUGGUAAACCUGUGCAUCAUGGUGUUAACCAGCUGAAGUUUGCCCGGAGCCUUCAGUCUGUAGCAGAGGAGCGUGCUGGCCGUCACUGCGGGGCUCUGAGAGUCUUGAACUCAUAUUGGGUGGGUGAAGAUUCCACUUACAAGUUUUUUGAAGUCAUCCUGAUCGAUCCCUUCCACAAGACCAUCAGGCGCAACCCAGAUACCCAAUGGAUCACCAAGCCCGUCCACAAGCACAGGGAGAUGCGGGGGCUGACAUCGGCCGGGAGGAAGAGUCGUGGUCUUGGCAAGGGCCACAAAUUCCACCACACCAUUGGUGGCUCACGUCGUGCCGCCUGGAGAAGGCGCAACACCCUGCAGCUGCACCGCUACCGCUAGUUCUUGUCAAUGUAACAACUUAAUAAAGCUGAUGAGGGUCGUUGAAUUUAAAAA